GCGGAGCACAAAGUGGACACCUCUGUCUUCGGCUGGACCUUUUACUGCGACUGUUUUAGAAACGAGCGCGUUUACGUCACAAACAGCGGGAGGAAAGUAUUUGCUUGACCAACGUCAGUGUCGUAACAGCUGUGAAUAGGUACAAAGAUGGCGUCCUGUGGUCUACUCACUGUCCAGAUGGAACCAGUUCCUCUGAAGAGCAUUGAGGUGGAGCUGGAGGUGAGGGACCAUGUGGCUACAGUGGUCUCCACUCUGAACUACGAGAACAAGGAGGACAAACCAUUAGAGGCUGUUUUUGUCUUCCCUCUGCCUGGAGAUGCUGCUGUCUGUCAUUUCAGUGCUCAGAUUGGACAGACACAGAUUGUAGCUGAGGUGAAGGAGAAACAGAAGGCUCGUGAGGAGUAUGAUGAUGCUCUGAGCUCCGGUCAGCAGGCCUUCCUAUUGGUGGAGAGUGAUGAGAGUCCAGAUAUAUUCUCUCUGAGUGUGGGCAGUCUGCCUCCAGGAGAGAGCGCCUCCAUCAGGUUGGAGUACGUCAUUGAGCUGGCUGUGCAGGCUGAUGAUGGUCUGAGGUUCUGUCUGCCUGCUGUGCUCAACCCUCGAUACCAACCUCAUGGUAGUGAAGGUGCAGGUUUCCAGGUGACUUCUGUUCCAGCCUCUCUGGUGCCCUACAGUCUGUCUUUUUCUGCCCGAGUCUCCUCUCCUCAUCCAAUCUCUAAAGUAGAGUCCAACUGUUCCCUGGACCCUCUGCAGUACCUCAACACUGAUCAAACCCAGGCCACGGUCAAGCUGGCUGCAGGACACAAGUUUGACAGAGAUGUUGAACUGCUGAUUUAUUACAAAGACGCCCACCAGCCCACUGCUGUGGUGGAGGCAGGACAGGCCUCUGCUGAGCCGGGCUCUCUGAUGGGUGAUCCAGUGGUGAUGGUGAGUCUGUACCCUGAGUUCCCCCAGUCUGUGACGUCUUCAAUGGCUCCAUGUGGAGAGUUUGUGUUCUUAAUCGAUCGAUCUGGAAGUAUGGGAUCUAGGAACCACAGAUUGACUCGCCAGACUCGCAUCCUCAGUGCAAGGGAUACUCUACUGCUCCUGUUGAAGAGCUUACCAAUGGGUUGCUAUUUCAACAUUUACAGUUUCGGGUCCAAAUAUGAACACAUCUUCCCUAAGAGUGUGGAGUACAGCCAGAAGACCAUGGAGGAGGCUCUGAAGAAAGUUAAGAAGAUGAAGGCUAAUCUUGGAGGAACAAAGAUCCUGGAGCCCCUCAAACAUAUUUACAGCCAGCCCUGCAUUCCCAAUCAGCCCAGACAGCUGUUUGUCUUUACUGAUGGAGCGGUGGGGAACACCAAAGAAGUGAUCGAUCUGGUGAAGAAGAAUUCAGAUUCUCACAGGUGUUUCUCUUUUGGGAUUGGGGAAGGGGCCAGCUCUGCUCUCAUCAAUGGGAUGGCCAAGGAAGGAGGAGGUCACGCUCAGUUCACCACAGGGACUGACAGGAUGCAACCAAAAGUGAUGCAGUCGCUGCGAUUUGCUCUGCAGCCGGCUGUGGUCGACAUCUCAGUCACAUGGGAUUUACCAAAGGAAGUGUCUGUCACUGUCCUCUCUCCACCAAUCACAGCACUUUUCCAGGGUCAGAGGUCACUGAUUUAUGCCCAGCUCACUGGACAGAGCUCAGAGGCAGCAGAGGGCUGUGUGACGCUGAAGUACAGCCUGGCAGGUCAUCCCUCUGAGAACCAGCUGCACUUCAGUCUCAGACCUGCAGAGGACGCUGGAUUAACAGUCCACAUGUUGGCUGCUCGAACUCUGAUUCGCUCCCUCGAGAUGGAAGCAAGAGCCAACAAAGGAGAGCGUGAUGAGGAAAUGAAGAAGAAGGUGGAGGAGUUGAGUAUCCAGUCAGGAGUGAGCAGUGCCUUUACUGCCUUUAUUGCUGUUAGUAAAAGCAGUGGUGUGGCAAUACAAGGACCCCUGAUAUGCAUAGAAAAUCGAGCAAACUUUUUAUACCUUCGCCAAUACAGUUUUUCAGAUUCCUGUGAGAUCAGUAAGGGUACAAAUACGGGAUCCUGUGGUCUGCUAACUGCCCAGAAGGACCCAGUUCCUCUGAAGAGCAUUGAGGUGGAGCUGGAGGUGAGGGACCAUGUGGCUACAGUGGUCUCCACUCUGAACUACGAGAACAAGGAGGACAAACCAUUAGAGGCUGUUUUUGUCUUCCCUCUGCCUGGAGAUGCUGCUGUCUGUCAUUUCAGUGCUCAGAUUGGACAGACACAGAUUGUAGCUGAGCUGAAGGAGAAACAGAAGGCUCGUGAGGAGUAUGAUGAUGCUCUGAGCUCCGGUCAGCAGGCCUUCCUAUUGGAAGAGAGUGAUGAGAGUCCAGAUAUAUUCUCUCUGAGUGUGGGCAGUCUGCCUCCAGGAGAGAGCGCCUCCAUCAGGUUGGAGUACGUCACUGAGCUGGCUGUGCAGGCUGAUGAUGGUCUGAGGUUCUGUCUGCCUGCUGUGCUCAACCCUCGAUACCAACCUCAGGGUAGUGAAGGUGCAGGUGUCCAGGUGACUUCUGUUCCAGCCUCUCUGGUGCCCUACAGUCUGUCUUUUUCUGCCCGAGUGUCCUCUCCUCGUCCAAUCUCUAAAUUAGAGUCCAACUGUUCCCUGGACCCUCUGCAGUACCUCAACACUGAUCAAACCCAGGCCACGGUCAAGCUGGCUGCAGGACACAAGUUUGACAGAGAUGUUGAACUGCUGAUUUAUUACAAAGACGCCCACCAGCCCACUGCUGUGGUGGAGGCAGGACAGGCCUCUGCUGAGCCGGGCUCUCUGAUGGGUGAUCCAGUGGUGAUGGUGAGUCUGUACCCUGAGUUCCCCCAGUCUGUGAUGUCUUCAAUGGCUUCAUGUGGAGAGUUUGUGUUCUUAAUGGAUCGAUCUGGAAGUAUGGGAUCUAGGAUCAAAAGAAGGAGUCUUCAGACUUGCAUCCACAGUGCAAAGGAUACUCUGCUCCUCCUGUUGAAGAGUUUACCAAUGGGCUGCUAUUUCAACAUUUACAGUUUUGGGUCCAGAUAUGAACACAUCUUCCCUAAGAGUGUGGAGUACAGCCAGCAGACCAUGGAGGAGGCUCUGAAAAAAGUAAAGAAGAUGAAGGCUGAUCUUGGAGAAACAGAGAUCCUGGAGCCCCUCAAACAUAUUUACAGCCAGCCCUGCAUUCCCAAUCAGCCUAGACAGCUGUUUGUCUUAACUCGCGGAUGGGUGAAGAACGACAAAGAAGUGAUAGAUCUGGUGAAGAAGAAUUCAAGUUCUCACAGGUGUUUCUCUUUUGGGACAGGGGAAAACACCAGCUAUAAUUUCAUUAAUAAGAUGUCCAAGGAAGGAAGAGGUCACGCUCAGUUCAUCACAGCGACUGACAAGAUACAACCAAAAGUGAUGCAAUCACUGCAAUUUGCUCUGCAGCCAUCUGUGAUUGACAUCUCAGUCACAUGGGAUUUACCAAAGGAAGUGUCUGUCACUGUCCUCUCACUCCCAAUCACAUCCAUUCUCCAGGGUCAGAGGUCACUGAUUUAUGCCCAGCUCACUGGACAGAGCUCAGAGGCAGCAGAGGGCUGUGUGACGCUGAAGUACAGCCUGGCAGGUCAUCCCUCUGAGAACCAGCUGCACUUCAGUCUCAGACCUGCAGAGGACACUGGAUUAACAGUCCACAUGUUGGCUGCUCGAACUCUGAUUCGCUCCCUCGAGAUGGAAGCGAGAGAUGACAAAGGAGAGGAUGACAAAGUGAAGAAGAAGGUGGAGGAGUUGAGUAUCCAGUCAGGAUUGAGCAGUGCCUUUACUGCCUUUAUUGCUGUUAGUAAAAGCAGUGGUGAGGCGAUACAAGGACCCCUGAUACCACCACCCAGUUUAAAACAGUGUAAUUUGGUGGAUUCAUGUGAGAGUCAGCCAUGCAGCAGUAAGGGGAUCUCUGUAACGGAGAAACUGAGAUCAGCCUUCAGCCGCAUUAACUCCCACUUCAAGCAUGCUCAAAGCCGCUCACCUCAGAGGAAGGCCACCAAGUCUCAGCUGUCAGUCAACGACCCUUUGCUGCAGCUGGUUUCCCUGCUGGAAGCCUCUGGAUGCUGGUUAUUGAAGCCAGCUUUGGCCUCCGUGCUGGGGAAGACCAGCAAGGAGGUGGCAAACCUGAAACCUGCAUCGGCCAGCAGUGAAGUGUGGGCCACCAUUCUGGCUCUGAUCUGGCUUCAUGGUUUUAAGAUGGAUGCAAAGGACGAGUGGGAGCUUCUGGCUGUGAAGGCUGCCUCAUGGCUCCGUGCUCAGAAUGCGACGUGUGUGACAGAGUGUGUGGAGGCUGGAAAUGCACUGCUGGGUUGCAGCGUAACGAAAGAUGCUUUGGGGCUCUGAAGUUGCUCCUCCUUCAGAAUUCAACUUUAUGUAUUGCACAUUAUCAGUGUUCCUCUUGUUUAUUAUAUAUUUUAUUAUGUGUCACUUUUUGUUUUUCAGCUCUGUAAAAACAAAAAAGAGAAAAAGAUGUAAUCUCAGCUCUGUUUUGUGCCUUAGUUACCUCAGUACUGAUGUGCUGCCCCUGUUAGAGGUGGCAGACUGGACUCAGUGGUGCUGUUUAUCCAUGCAGACCUUUCAAUUGCACGUGGACUGAACAUAACAGCUGGAUGAAGCUAUUGUGACAUUACCCACUGGUUUCUGAAGUCUCAGCUUCUAAGGUGCUAUUGCCAUCUCAGAUGUUUUAAACCAGAUAUCAUGAGUGAACAGUGUUAAUUUAGUUGACAAAUAAUUCCCAAAACAAAAACUACGAUGAAAUGUACUGACUCUUUCAUCAACGAAUAAAAACAAGAUGAAAACAUUCUGGAGAGACGAGAGCCAAUCAGAACUAAUUAAGUUGUAGAGAAAGGCGGGACGAGUAAGGUUAGAAACGUGCAUUUGAGAUGGAAAAUGCUGCCUGUUCUUCAUGAAAAUACAACAAAAUGUCAACAUUUGUGAGGUAGAGACAAGCAGAGAUACGGAGACAUUUCCAAUUCGAUGUCAAGUAAAAUAAGAGACUUUGUAAAGCAUGUAGAAGAACUCAAAAAGAAACUUUAUAAAAUAGUCAAGUGAAUCAACUUUAGAUAAAGUCUACCGUAACCUUACGAUAUUUAGUGGGCUAAAACUAAAUAAAUUUAAUGUAUAAUCAAAAGAAUAAAAUUUAAAAAGAGUAUACCACCCUUACAAUAUAAUCAUCUUGUCUUCAAUAUGGCUUGAAAUGAGUGAUUUUGGCCUUAAGUUCAUCAGGUCAAAAUCACUAGAACCACAGACGAUAACAUUUUAAUGGGCAGCAGGGGGUGACUCCUCUGGUUGUCUUUGUAUGCCUACGGGUAAACAUCUUUAUAAGUUUACACUUUCAUAGAGGGGUUUGUCUUUCUGAAUGCAGCAUGAUGGUCAUUCACUAAAUUCUGUUCCUGAUUAGAAUCAAAAAGGAGAAUAAAGCAGGAUAAACUUUAGGGUUGUUUCACCUUGUGAUGUGCCGAGUUUCUGCCAGUGGUGGAAAUACUCAGCUUGAUGCUUCACAACAGAACAUAACUAAUGCCUAAUGUAAUGGUUGCUACAGUUUAUGCAUACACACUAAAACAUUCUGCACAAUUGUUUUUUAUUUUAUUUUCUCCAAUUGUCCCUGAGAGGCAUGUGAGUGAGUGAUCAGCUAUAUCUCAUCUAUUCAGUUCAGUUUUAUUUCUAUAGCACCAAAUCGCAACAGCAGUCACCUCAAAGCACUUUACAUUGUGGGGUAAACGUCCUACAAUAAUACAGAGAAAACAGUCUUUGAGACGCUUUGUGCUUUCUGUGACACUCGCCUGCGAUGCUUAGCUGAACCAAUUAUCAGUUCAUGCACAACACUUAAAUACAAGGGCAACACUAAUUGUUUGAGCAUGUGUUAGCUUUUCCUGUGUUGAUUUAGUAAUAAAGAUAAAUGUCUGAGCUCUAAUUGAUGUUAUUCUCUGGACAGAUUCUCUGUAUCUAUCUUAUUUUUCAUUAUUCAGUGCUUGUUCAUCAGUGUGCGUUUGUGAAUUUGUAAUUGAAUUUACUGUGCAUUUGGUAAAGAUCCUCAACCUAAAUGUAGUCUUUUUUUUCUCUCAUUGGUAAACCUGUAACCUGUAUGCCAAACAAGAAACCACAUCUGCAUUUUAGCAAGGAUAGAAUAGUUUGUACUUCUAAGUCAUACAGUCAGUGCUGGGAUCUGGGAAAAUCCGUCCACUAACUCCACUCAGAGUUGGACUAAGAAGUGAGAUUAAUGGGAUACCAAACUCAGUUGAGCUAUAAGCCAGAGUUUUCUGUGUCAUAAAAGUGGAUCUCUGGCUGGUACCUUAUGAUCAACAUGUGCUUAGAGUUAUGGUUCAAAGUCUGGAAGCGCCACAUUUUCGCAGAUUUUUUUAAAUUUACAGCAUGUUUUAAGUGCCGUGUUGAUUCACAGGUGGUGGAAGGUGUUUUGCAUGUGCAGGUUGUUAAGGCGUACCAGACUAAUCUUUAAUUUUUAAUCACUGUUUUAUCAUCAUCAUGAUCAAUCAAUCACAUCUCUGACUGGAGUAGGCGGCGCUCACAGGGAUCAUUUUGUGUGGCACAAGAUUUUUAUAUAGGCGCAAACCAAGGCUGAAGCAGAAAGGCUUAACAGAGAUAGUUGAUGAGCACCAUCGUGACACCUGUUAUCUCCAGGUGGGGUUUUAGGUUUUGUUAAGCCAGCUACCACAAACAAAGCCUGGAUGGUGUAACAUAUUUAUAAACUUCUCCAAUAGUAUAUCCUCAGGGUUAAAUCACAACUCUUGCUCAGUGUUAUCUGGGAUCGGCUCCAGCAUCCUCACAAGAAAACCGAUGGGCGGAUAUAGCCAAUUAAAUACAUCUACAACAUAUUUAAUACUCAAAUAUUGUUUUCUAUUUUUAUUUUUCCUACUAUAGAGGCUUGCUUUUUCUGAUGUCUGUUCUUUGUCCUAAUAUGUGUGGCUGGGAAGGGACUGUAUGUUAUCCUCCUGUCAUUUAUAAUGAGUAUUAUCCACAUUACUCCAGUAAAACAGUGACUGAACUGAGCAGAUGCUCCAUGUUGUUUCACAUUGUCACAACCUUGUUUUAGCUGAAAAACUUAAAAUUUUAAUGAUUUAUACUCUAUUUUAAAUGUGUCUUUGAAAGAAUUCAAAGAAAACUGUGCCUGCUUCUUUAGUUAUUAUACUGAAUACUGAAUAUAAUGUACAAAAAUAUAAUAAUAUAAUACAAAUAAUACUCUGUUAAUUUGAAUACCAUGACAACAAAAGAGCAGGAGCUUAUCUUCUUCCUACACGUCUUGUUUCUGUCCCACUUCACUCCUCCCCUCCUUGCAUAUAACCUAAUGUAUGGCUGUAUGACCUUUAGGAUUAACAUGCUCUUUUAAUGCAGCAGACCUUUGUGCUGCUUGUGAUGACAGGUGCUCCUGUCUCCUAUUUACAGGACUCAAAACCAGGCAUUAAUCUGGCAUUACACAUUACAAGGUCUU